GUCAUAUGACGACGUGUCGGUUUACAAACACUAGGCAUUCCUUUCUUUUGCCACUAUGGUGAAGGAGAGAGGAUGGAGGGGUGGGGUGAUGGUGAACGGGAAAGAGAAGAAUGAUCAUCAGCAAGGCUCUUUGACUUGGGAAACGGAUGUGUGUGAAACUGGAACCGAUCUCUUGAGGUGUGUGUGUGACGUAUAAUUCGGUGCAGUGAGGUAGAUGUCCGGGAUAUACACGAGCAGAACGGGAGGCCCGCGUGACUGCUGCAGGGAAGAGAGAAUAGGACAGAGGGGGGUGAGUUUGUGGUCCACCGCAAAACUCCCACGGAGGAAAAAGAUGGAAAGAGGAGGAAUAGUAAAUGAAAACAGCACAAACGUGCCGACGGCUGAAGGAGGAUGGACUUCCUAUCAUUUAUUUACGUUUACUUUCGACGCAUUUAAGUAAUUUCUUAACCUGAACGGUUUGCCGACCGGACCAAUUAAGAUCUGAUCAAGAGCUAUCUCGCUCAUCCUUCGGACCGGACCUUCGUGAGGACAGGAUAACUCGGGCCUUUUUUCGAUGCUUGUUCCUCGUCACCUUGACAAGAUCCAGACCCACUCACCGCCCUACACAAUACAUGUGGUUUCUCAUUACCGUAGAAACAACGGGAUAUCUGGUGCUUAUUAACGGGUGAUGCUACAGGACUGCGGCCUCGGGGCUCCGCCCAGCGCAAUGCUAUGGGCCUUAGGAGGUAGAGAUAUGGAGAGAGAGGAACGGAGGAACGGAGCUGUGUGUCGUAAGGGCAUUCAGGUUCUCAAGGAUUAGCCCUAGGUAUUUUUCUUAUUUUUUUCCUCACGUGAACAUGUUGAAGUCUGUCUGGGGUGCAGUUUUAAUAGGACAUAUACACUCUGCUAAGAAGCUAUUGCUGUUUUCAUAUGCUAAUAGCCCAGUCUUCUGAGUUGAGAGUUUUUGGAAACUGCACUGAGGCGCGUCAGGAUCGAACCUUGCGGAUUGCACAACGCGCUUUGUCAUCUGCCAAUUGACUACGCCGGGUCAAAGUGAAAAGGGGGGGAAUUUUUUUCAAAGCAACAAACUCUCCAUCUCUCUUUCACACAUACACACACACACACACACACACACACACACACACACACACACACACACACACACACACACACACCAAAUAUAGGCCUACACACGCACACAGACUCACCACUUUCCACGCCCACCAGCCAUGCCAUCCCGGUCAGACUCCAGCAGUGCAGUGUCAGCCUCUGGCUCUAGGGGCUGGUCAGAUAGCUGCCGGGGCAUGUCUGGCCGUCAGGGUGGGGCCAAACUGCUGCUCUACCUGGGGCUGUGCCACUUGGGCCUGGGGGCCAUGGUCCUGGCCUUCUCCUUCACCAGCAUGGCCUUCACAUCCUCAGCCCGCGUACGACAGUCCUGCCCCUUCUGGGCCGGCUUCUUUGUUGUGGCAUCAGGGUUAGUUGGACUUAUCUCAUGGAGAAGACCACUCACUCUUGUGGUCUCCCUCUUCAUGCUGCUGUCUGCUGUGUGUGUCAUCCUUAGUCUGGCUGGAUCCAUGCUCUCCUGUCAGAACGCACAGAUGGUCAAGUCUCUCCUCACCUGCCAGGUGGAGAAUGGGUUGUGUGUGUGUUGCGCUCCAACACACUCCUGCUCUAUAAACGAGGAGGAGACCCUGGUCCUCUACCUAAACGCAGACUGCCACUCUGUCAGACAUCAGCUCAAGGACCUGUUGUUCAGUGCUUGUGGUCUGAGUAUUCUCUCUACCAUCAUCUGUACUCUCUCUACUGUCACCUGUAGUAUACACAUCUUCUCCCUGGACCUAGUGCACCUGCUUGCCCCGCACCGCUCUCGCUCCGUCAACCCAGAAUGCACCACUCCUCAGGAUGCCUUCCUGACCAACAUCAUGGACUUUGAGGAGUUUGUCCCGCCCAUCCCUCCGCCCCCCUACUACCCCCCUGAAUACACCUGCAGCUCUGAGACAGACGCACAGAGUAUCACCUAUAACGGGUCGAUGGAGAGUCCAGUGCCUCUGUACCCCACUGACUGUCCCCCUCCUUACGAAUUAGUGAUGGGACAGAGAGCAGCUAGCCAGGCCACGGUGUUUGACAGCCAUGGGAACGAGCUGUCAGGAGAGAGGGCCACAUCCACUGCCUUCAGCGGAGAGGUCUCCAUGGACAGUGGUUCUCUGUUGAUGUCGGAGAUCAUUGACAUCCCAGAUGACUCCUCACCUUCAGAGGACUCCUGCCUCGUGGGGUUGGGGGUGAGUGCUAGGGGGGAGAGAGGGAGCACCGGGGGAGUGGAGGGGGGGAGACGGGGGAGAAGGAGGGGAGUAUGUGAGCUUCCGUGGCCCCCCUCCCCAAGCCCCGGAGAGUCCCCUGGUAGAGAGUCCCCUGGUGGGCCCCAGGGCCAGGCGAUGCUACAGAGGAGAGAGGUCCAACUCCUGCUCCUCAUGUCUCCAGUGUUGAGGCGACAGGCUAUGUUGGCCAGUAGUUGUUCCCAGUUGGAGCUGCUAGGGGGCACCACCUCUCACCAGGGCUCCUCUAUCCUAGAGAAACAAGUCGGGUCUUGCACCCCUUUACGACGCGGUUCCGCCUCUGCCUCUGCAGCUCCUGCCACUUCCUCAUCUUUAGCUGUCAAUCAGCAGGGUGGUCAGGGCAACGGGGUGCCCCUCCCCCUACAGCCGUUAUACCUGCGUCGUCAGGGUGGAAGGAGCGAGAGGAGGGAUAGUGACGGGCUUCUGACCCUAGUGAGGUCACACAGCGAGCCUGGCCUCAGCUCUUCUGCUGAUACAGUUGACUUCAGUGGUGGCUCAGUGGGCAGUAAAGGAGUGAGGGAGGGCUCUCAGACCUCUACAGACACAGUUCCGUCCUCUGAGUCAUGCCUGCUGCCCCGCUCCUCUCUGGUGCCCCCCUCAGCCCUCCUCCCCAGGAAGGGCAGUGUGAAGGCAGCCACCAUGGGGCGCACUUUGCCCCUCUCCAAAGGCCCCGCCAACUCUCCCUUGCACCUGCCCAAAGAAUGCAACCGCUCUCUUGGGGACCUCAAGGUGACGAGGGGGUUGGUGGCUCGCUUCCUGCAGCGCUCCAAACGGAACCUGGCGUCCGCCGCAGAGCAUUCUGGGAACACCGGACAAGGUCAGAAAAGGAGAGGCGGGGUGGAGGGCAACGGGACAGGCCAUCUCCCUUUAGAGCAGGUGUUACGUAACUCCUGGGGGGCCAGCCAGGGAUCCCACCCCCCACACCCUCAUCACCGUGGUCACCACCACUCCCAUAGCGACAGCCGCCACAACCGCCGUCAUAGCAACCAAACCCCUGUGACGGAGGGGAUCCACUUGCGCAGCUGCGGCGACUUAAGCUCCUCCUCCUCUGCAUCGCUAUGGCGAUUACUGACAGCCAACCCCCCUCACGGGUCAUCAGGGGCGCUGUACACAGAGUCAGCCCUGUGAGAGGGGGAGGAGGGAGGAAAGAUGGGAGGGGAGGGGGAGGAAAAGGAGAGGAGGCAGAAAGUGUACCCACACAGAGGAGAGUGGAGGCAUGGUAUGGUCUAAUGAAGAAGAGAUACAAAGGGAGGAGGAGAGGUGGAGGAUGAGUUAGACAUGGGAGAGGAAGGAUGAAGGAACAGGCUACUGACGUAUCCUGAUGGGCGGUGGAGGGAGUCAGCACUAUGAGGAGGGAACGACUGGACCUUUGCUACAGCCUUGUUCCAAUACUUUCAACAUGCAUCCUUCCUCUUUCCCUUCCUCCUUCCCCUUGGAGCCCUCCUCUGCACCUGCGCCUGGCCUUCCUUUCCUGAACUUUGACCUCUCAACUAACCUCCUAUCUUCAACCUCCACCUAGCCAUACUGAACACAACUCUAUCUGUCCUCUCCAACUCUCUGGGAUCUCUCUCUAACUUCAAGACUAGAGAGGAUGGAGAGAAGGAGUAGGAUAAUGAAGUUUCCCCUAGACUCUGAGCUAUGGUCAGUUUAGUGUUUCUCCUCCUAAUGGUUAAGGUUAGGAUCAGUGGAGCAUAAGCUGAUCCUAGAUCUGUGUCUAAGGUAAACACUUUUCUGGAGCUGUGAACAUCACUCUCACACGAACCGCAUACACUCAUUAAACUGCUCACUCUUUUUCAAAACUCAAAUGUACGUUCAUUAGUCCAGCUCUUCAUCCGGAGCGAAACUCACUUUAAGUGUUCACGGAACUCACCUUUUUGUCUUCCACUCGUGAAAUGGUUAACCUUCCUUUUCUCCUGAUGACACUGUAAAAUGUACAGAAAAUAUACACUCGUUUUGCCCACUGACAGUGAAAGUUUAAUGGCCUGCUAGUGUCGCCGUAUGUUUACAAUCUUACAUCGUUAUUAUUUUAGUCAUUUUUUUUGUGGUUCAUUUUCUUGAGGUAAAAUCAACAUGUAAUCCUCAACACCCCUUACCUAGUCCAUCUCCAAACUGCCUUCAGAAGAAAGGUGCCUCAAACUCAAAAAGUCACACACCAUCUACCCCAAACUCAAAACUAACUCUAUUACACCGGUCUAAGACAUCAUACUCCCAAACUCGGCGUUUCCUCUCUCUGAGAUGACCUUGGACAUAGCGAUUUGAUUUGUAUGUUAUGCUACAACCCCCCAUAAUGUACUCCAAAUGAACAGGAGCCUUGGUCAAAUACUACAACUUCCCUCCCUGUGUAUCAAAUCCUACAAAAUAACUAACCUCCCCCUAAGAAUGACUUUAGCUGCAUGUUUUGGCAAUGCUUCUUACUUUUCUCCCUUUCUCUCUCUCUUGCACCCAAAACCUAGUUGCUCUGAGCCUUUGGAAAUGUGUUAAUGUAUAGUGAAGGGGAUGGAUCAAUGUUGUGCUGUUGAACCCAGAGCCGUAGAUAUACUGAGAUCUAACUAACUAUCAUCCACGAACUCUGUGAUGUGUAUGGCUCUGGCUGAACGGUUAUGUAUGAUAAAUUGCACCUCAGUAUGAUUCCAAAAGCACUAAAGAGAUUCUUGCAAUAAAUGUACAGAUACGUUUGUAUAGAUGUUGGGGAUCAGAUAUUCAGGAUGGUAGUUCCAGCAAGACUUAGUGGGAACUAUGAGAAUCUGCAUAUUAUAGUCUGAUACUGGAGGUUGGACGACACAAAGCGUGCAGUAUUCUUAGAGGACAUACUGUCUGCAUUGGACUAGAAAGCUGGCUAACCUCAACCCAGUCGGACAAGAGUUAUACACUCAAUGGCGAUAUUGUGAAGACUGAAGUUUUGAAUAUACACACAAUUAUGUAUGUAACUGAUUUAAACACAACACACAGAUACACAUAUGCGCACACACACACACACACACACACACACACACACACACACACACACACACACAACCACACACACACACUCAAACACACAGAAGCACCGAGCUGUGUUAAAAAUGUUGCUAUAAUUUCUACCUCCUAUUUUGCACAUUGUAUAAUUGUAUGGCUUGAAGUGAUAGAGCCUAACUGAAUAAACAUAUUAUUCUCUUCAAAUAUGAUAUGUAAAUGUUCUAAUGCAAGAACUUUUAAUGCAAGUCAUGUAUUUCAACAUAUUGAAUAAAUUAUCCACAACAUGAAA